AUGGCUUUGUGUCGAUUCGCUUGUUCUUCCCCUGCUUCCACCAUUUUUCGUUCCCCGAAAUACCCUUCAAAACACGUUAAAUUCUCUUUGCUGCCAUUCCCAUUCGCAACGAUGGAAGCUCCUCCAGAAGGUUAUCGCAGGAACGUUGGUAUCUGUCUCAUGAACACUCACAAAAAGAUUUUUGCGGCUUCGAGGCUCGACAUUCCCAAUGCUUGGCAAAUGCCCCAGGGUGGUGUUGAUGAAGGUGAGGAUCCAAGAAAUGCAGCUAUAAGGGAGUUGAGAGAAGAGACAGGAGUUAGUUCGGCAGAAGUGAUCGCAGAGGUGCCAUAUUGGUUAACAUAUGACUUCCCACCAAAAGUGAGGGAGAAAUUAAAUAUUCAGUGGGGAUCUGAUUGGAAGGGUCAGGCACAGAAAUGGUUUCUUUUAAAGUUUACUGGGCAAGAUGAAGAAAUCAAUCUUUUGGGUGAUGGUACAGAGAAAGCUGAAUUUGGGGAAUGGUCAUGGAUAUCACCUGAACAAAUAAUUGAUCUUGCAGUGGAUUUCAAAAAGCCUGUCUACAAGGAAGUCAUAGCAGAGUUUGCUCCAUAUUUCCAAUAA